UCAACAGUUGAGUGAUUGUGCACACUACACAGUGGUUCUUGAGUUACUCGUAGUGGAACAUUUUAAAAGUGAUUUGUGCGGAUAAAACUGCGUACUUAAAGUUAUUAAAAAUAUUUUUGUUAUUACUGGAUUAAGUGUUGUAUCUACUACUAAUAUAAAAAAAUAUGGAACGCUGGUCAGGCAAAGUAGCAGUAGUAACUGGAGCAAGUGUCGGCAUCGGUGCUUCCCUGGCUGUGAGACUAGCGGACAAGGGAAUGACAGUUGUAGGUGUAGCUCGCAGGGCACACUUAAUUGAUAACCUAAACUCGGAAGUAACGGGAACGGGCAAGAUUUACUCUCGACAAUGCGACCUCUCUAAAGUAGAAGAAAUAGAUGCAGCCUUUGACUGGGUGGAGAGUAAAUUUGGCGGUACAGAUGUUCUCGUGAAUAACGCUGGAAUAUUUAAACCUGGAAAGAUAACAGAUGCCACAGAUGGUAAGCUGAGCGAUGCUGACGUACUACUUACAAUGGACGUCAACUAUAGAGCAAUGGUCAUGUGUACCAGACAAGCUGUGGCGUCAAUGAGGAAGCGCAAUUUCGAUGGUCACAUUAUAAAUGUUAACAGUGUGGCCGGUCACUACAUACCAUUCCACUCCGACUUUAACGUAUAUUCGAGCACCAAGCACGCAGUCACUGCUUUCUCCGCUGCACUGCUUAACGAGAUGGCCGACGCUAAAAGAAAUAUCAAAGUAACGAGUAUCUCCCCUGGACUAGUGCGAACUGAAAUGACUGUUAGCCAUGAUCCCAAUCAGCAAAUGUUACAGCCUGGUGAAGUGGCUGAUGCAAUUCUUUAUGUUCUCUCCACACCACCAAACGUGAAUAUCUCCGAACUCGAAAUGCUAUCGACGGCAGAAAAGAAAUUAUAAAACACAUAAACCAUAUUCCAUUUCUUUAUUCAUUAUUAUGGCACUUUAAAAUUAACCGGAUGAAGCAGAUAAUACAGACGAUGAGGAUGAUGAUGAGGCAAGUCCGAGGAUAGAUGUUCCGAAUUGAAAUAUAGCUCGUAAGAUGUCAAGUUUCAAAGUCCAUAGAGGUGACGGCCCUUCCUCUUCAGGUGUCUUCUCUUGAUUCUGUAAAACGAAAAUACAUAUUUAAGUACAUACAACAA